UCAACGUCGAGACGUCUGCACGCGCGCUCCUCUGCAGUUGCGCUCGACUCAGUACAUUUGCGAGUGUGUGUUGCGUGUGCGUGUGCAUGUGUGCGUGCGUACGUACGUACGUGUGCUUGACGCGUGUGUCGCAACAAACUUAAAGUUGAGGCAAUAGACAAAGUCAAGUUGCCAGAUAGCCUAACUAACAGCUGCCAACCGGGAAUUGAUACGCAACGCACAUUAGACAAAAACUUCAAUUUCCCUUUAUAUGCUGCCGCAGCAUUCCAGUGCUUCAGUGCCCCUAGGUGAUCUCAGUAUGAAAACAAAACUUUCGACUGCAGUUUGAUCAAAUUAGGCAUUUGUGUUUGUGCUCCACUCUCGGCUCUUUAAACGUUUGACAUAAGCUGAGAAUUUCCGAGCUAAAUCAAUUACUUCAAUUUUUCUCGUGCUAACUAAAGUAAAUUAUAAAACACUUAAGAAGUAACAACGACAACGACAACAACAACAACAACCGCAAGAGAAGGAAAAGCUACUUAAUAUUCAGCCAAAAUGUUUGUCUAAAAGUUCAUGUCAAAGCCAAAUUACAAAAGCGGCCGCGGGCGCAUUUAAAUGUGUUUAAUUAAAAAUCAGUGCUGAAGUCGCUUUGUCUGCAACUCCGUAGCUCUUAGGCACACACAGCGUUCAGUGAACCAGAGAGUGAGUGAGAGAGAGAGAGAGAGGGAGGGACAGGAAGAGGGGCCAAGGGUGAACAAUAUUACAAGGCAGCAACCACACACAACAGGAAGAGAACGCGAACGUGGACAAGGACAACGACAACAACAACAACAACAACAACAGUGUUAGCAGGAUGUCAAAAUGCCAUCGGCAGAUCAAAUCUUGUUCAUAAAUGUCACCACAACGGUGGCCGCGGCUGCGUUGACAGCUGCCGCAGCCGUCAACAGCACGCCAGAGGCAUCAACAACAGCAGCAGCAGCAACAGCAGCAGCAGCAGCAAGCAGCGGACGCAGUGUUGAGACAGCAGCAGCAACAGCAACAGUGGCAUCCACAACAACAGCAGCGCUGGCGGCCAAUCUGUCCGGUUCGCUGGUGGACAGCUUAACAACAACGGCAACAACAACUGCAACUGCAACAGCCACAGCGAUUGUCGAGUCAACAAAUGAUUGCAGCGCUCUGGCCGUAGAGGAGCUGCACGGCAGCUUCCUUGGCGUGCAGCUGGCGGUGCCAGAGUGGGAGGCGCUGCUCACAGCGCUGGUGCUAUCCAUCAUCAUAGUGCUGACGAUCAUUGGCAACAUUCUGGUCAUACUGAGCGUCUUCACCUACAAGCCGUUGCGCAUCGUCCAGAACUUCUUUAUCGUGUCGCUGGCCGUGGCCGAUUUGACGGUCGCAUUGCUCGUGCUGCCACUCAAUGUGGCCUACUCGAUACUGGGACGCUGGGAGUUCGGCAUACACCUGUGCAAGCUGUGGCUCACCUGCGAUGUCCUCUGCUGCACCUCGUCCAUACUGAAUCUGUGUGCCAUUGCACUGGAUCGCUACUGGGCCAUCACAGACCCGAUCAACUAUGCCCAAAAGCGAACCGUGGGCCGUGUGCUGCUCCUCAUCUCGGGCGUCUGGCUGCUGUCGCUGUUGAUCAGCAGCCCGCCCCUGAUUGGCUGGAAUGACUGGCCGGAUGAGUUCACCAGCGCCACGCCCUGUGAGCUAACCUCGCAGCGCGGCUAUGUCAUCUACUCCUCGCUGGGCUCCUUCUUCAUACCGCUGAUCAUCAUGACCAUCGUCUACAUCGAGAUCUUUGUGGCCACGCGACGCCGCCUGCGUGAGCGUGCCAAGGCCAACAAGCUGAAUACGAUCGCAUUGAAGAACACCGAUCUGGAGGCCAUCAAUGCCAGCAACGUGGCCGUGGGGGGCAGCUCGACCAGCUCCAAGGCGCGUGCUCUGGGCAGCCUCUGCGGCAGUUGGUUGUGCUGCGGCCGCGAUCGCGCCAACUUUGCCGCGCCCAUGAUUCACAACGAUCAGGAGAGUCUGAGCAGCGAGACACACGCCCAGCCAGAGGGCAACAAUGAGUCACAGCAGCAGCAGCAGCAACAUGUUGUGGUGUUGGUCAAGAAGUCGCGACGUGCCAAGAUCAAGGACUCCAUCAAGCAUGGCAAGGCGCGGGGCAAUCGACGCUCGCAGUCAUCGUCGUCGGCCUGCGAGCCGCACGGCGAGCAACAGUUGCUGCCCCAAGGCAACAGCAAUAAUGCAGCAGGCAAAUCGGAUCCCGAAAUAAGCACAGAGAGCGGCAGCGAUCCCAAAGGCUGCAUACAGGUUUGCGUAACCCAAACUGAGGAGCAAACCUCGCUGAAGCUGACGCCGCCGCAGUCGUCGUCAACAGGUGUCGCUGCAGCCAGCGCAUUGCAGAAGAAGCCGAGCACUGUGAAUCAGUUCAUUGAGGAGAAACAGAAGAUCUCGUUGUCCAAGGAGCGAAGGGCUGCCCGCACGCUGGGCAUCAUCAUGGGCGUGUUUGUCAUCUGCUGGCUGCCCUUCUUUCUCAUGUAUGUGAUUCUGCCGUUCUGCCAGAGCUGCUGUCCCACAAACAAGUUCAAGAACUUCAUCACCUGGCUGGGCUACAUCAAUUCCGGCCUCAAUCCGGUCAUCUAUACGAUUUUCAAUCUGGACUAUAGACGCGCAUUCAAAAGACUCCUGGGCAUCAAGUGAUAUGACAGCUCGGGCCGAGCGCAAAUGUGCGACAAGCGAGAGAGCGUCAGUCAAAGUGUGUGCCAAAGGUUGAUAUGAUUCGCGAAUGUGUGGAAACACCUGACAAACUCUUACACUCAAAUAUGGUUUCACUCAUUUGUAGAAAGAUCUCAAAGUUUCAUUUAAAGCAAUUUAUAUGUACUAAAUAAGAAAGUUACAAAUAAUUGAGAAAGAAACCAAAAAAUCAUAAAGCAAUUUCCAAUAGCUUAUAAAAAAUUUCUUGUUAGAAAAGCUAAUUCUAGUUUUAAUAAUCUCAAACUAUAUUUUUAUUUUCACUAUUUCAACUUAUAAAAUUAAUUUUUUGUCGGGUGACAACAGCUCGAGAUUAGUUUGCAUCACUUUCGUCGGGUGUUUCGGGCUUUUAGAAAUAAAUGUAAACUGUUAAAUAUACUCAUGAAAUGAAAAGUAAAAUAUAAAUAAAUUUUAUGUGUGCAAGC